AUGGAACUGCUGGCGGCAGACCAAAGCAACAGCAGCAGCAUGAUUAUUGUCUCGGAAGAAGCAGCAUCCGCAGUAGCAUUAUCAUCAUGGAUUCCCAUUGACGAUUCCCUCGGUAUCUGGACCGAGUUUCGUCAUACUGAUGCUGGUACUAAUACUACUGCUACUACUAUUUAUGAUGAUGCAGACGGCCACAAUGAUGAACAACAACAUCAUCAACAACAACAACAACAAUCUGUCGCCUCUGUUGUUUCAAAUCAUCGUCAUCCUUAUUAUUAUUAUCCUACUACUGCUAGUAGUAGUAGUAUUCACGCCGCGGGAUCUGACCUUCGAGAUUGGCACGAUGAUGUAACCUCGCCCAUUCAAAACAGAUCCUCGAACAAUCAAACAACAACAACAACAACAACAACAACAAUGAUAGCACCACCACAAUACGAUGAUUAUGAUGACGUUGCAUCCGCUGUCGAUUACAAUCCUGCCUUGGCAAUGACGACAUCAUCUCUCUCAUUCGAAUCUGCAACCAUGGAUACGGGAAGAAUGCCAACAAAGCAUCACCACUACCAACAUCAUCGAGAAGAAGCAGAAGAAGAAGAAGAAGUGGAGCCGCGACAGGAUGACCCUGAGCUGCAGAUAAUCUCUUCACAAACCCCCGAGUCACCUUCAGAAACACCAGCGUCAUCGCACCACCGAAGGACUUCCAGUGGAAGUCUUUGGUCAGGAAUCGUCAAGGCAGAAAUUAGUGGAGAGAUGAUUGAAGAUACUGUCACUGGCACUGCUGAUAAUAAUAAAGCUGGGGACGAGAAUGGCGACUCAAAUCAUCAUGAUACUCCUACUACUACCACUACAGAGAAGGAAAGUUCCACCCAUUCCUUCUUUCGAUCCUUUGUGGAUACAUCCUUUCCCAACAACAAUAAUAGUACCAACAAUGGUAACAACGAUAACAGUGAAAGGGAUACAAGUCCGAAUCCACUUCGAGUACUUUCCGAGUUCAUGUCCUUUGAUUUCUUGUUUGGCAGUAUCCCAACACAAGAAGAUCUUCGGGAGACCAUGGAACUAACGAGGAAUGUGAACUGGGAACUAGGAAUGGCAUUGAAACAAGAAACGGAUGGCGACAAUGCCAUUGUGAUUGCUUCUUCUUCUUGUUCAGCAGACAAAAACAAUAACAGCAACAGCAACAGCAACAAAAACAACAGCAGUAGAAGCAGCAGUCACAUCAUGUCCAAACUGGGAUACAAACCAGGGAUGCAAGUGGUCAAGAUCAACGGUGAAGCUUGUCCCGACUCCCUCUCGGAACUUUAUGCCCAGAUGGAACUUCAAAUCGAAGUGAUGGAUGAAGUCACCAAAGAGACCAAAGUAGCAAUCGUUGGAGCCCAUGAGCCCAAACUUGAUUUGUACGUUCACAAGGACAGCAAACGAUCCAAACUCAUGUACAUUACCAAGGUGGAACCCAACAGUGUGUUGGCAGACGCUGGUUUUGAAGCAGGAAUGGUAUUGACGCGGAUCAAUGAACGGAAAUGUCCUGUUUCCUUUUCUGGAUUGGUUCGUCUAGUAACGGCACACAUUGUGGCCGUGCCCAAGGAUUUGGCAGUCCCCAUUGGCUUGGAAAGCAACAGGACGAUAUCCAACCUGUCCCUGCCGCCAAAAGAAGAAGAAGAUGGUGAUGAUGAUGACGAGGAAGACGAACUGAGGCCAAGGCGUAGUGGUGGGCAUCAAAGAGGAAUCGGGUCAUCUCGGUUUUGCUCGAGCAGAAGUCCCAGUAGAAGAAGUCAUCGUCUGUUGGAUCAGAAAAAGUCGCGGUGGCUACGAGGAGGAUUGGUGGCUGCUGUUCAAUAG